UCCAAAGUAUUAUAUGAAGGCACACGAUACCUGCAUGAGCAUAAUUGUCAAUGAACCGUUCAAAUUAAAGGAAGAAGAUUGUAAUGUGAAAAUUAUAUCAAUAACUCAUACGAUGUGGAUAAAAUUCAAAAAUAACAACAAAUGGCUAUACGCCACACCUUCGUCAGAAUCGAUAAAAAUUAUUUGCAAUAAGACAGUAGAAGAAACAAUUAUAAUGGGAACAAAAAUUUUAUGGAUUGCGCCUGGACGCACAAUCGUUUCAAACGAUGUGAUACUUCACUCACAAACAGAAAGGAUCGUAGAAAACAAUAAGGCCUUUACACCUUUGAUAACGUAUAACUUCAGCCAGCAUUUUCAAGUUUUUAAGGAUCCACAGUUAAACCUCAGUUUGAUAAAAAUUCACGCGAUAGAAACGCCUGAUGUUAAAAUAGGCGAUCUAACUAAAUAUGGCACCCAAUUAAACGAAAUAACAAGAGAAGCAAUAGAAAUAGGAAAUCAUCAGAGAAUAAAAACAUUUUAUGAGGAAGCAAUAAGUUGGAUCACGUAUGCCAUUUAUAUCUUGGGCGGAUUAGUAAUAUUGUACUUAAUGAAUAAGUUUAAAAUAUUUUAUCUUCUUAAAUGCUUGACAUUAGGGGCAUUCAAGCCUUGCACUUCUGUUUAUAAUCAUUGUCUCUUUAAUUAUGGCAACAAUGCUCGAAAUCAAAACUCCUGUGCGACAGAAAUGCCCAUGGGAACAUUGGCCCAUGUUAAUUCUAGUUCCAUUUCAUCAAAUUUAGAUGUGUCCCCAAUCUUUCAAAGAAAAACUAUAAGCCUCAGACAACCAGAGCCAAAAAGAAAGGUUCCUCGAUCUAGGUCUAGACUUCGUAUAUCAGAAUUCGACAAUGAUAUGUAAUAUACUUUUGAUUCUAUGAAAAUCCCUAUUGUAAAUUUUGUAAAAAGGGAAUUUUCAUCUAACAGCGGGGGUGUUAUGCACCUAAGUGUUACUCACUAAGUUAGCAUUCUUAGUACCCCGCGAUAAGUAACCCUUUGUCAGCAAAGAUUGUACGAAGGCGUAGAAGCUUUCAUUAUUUUAGAGGAAACAAAGAGUUAGUCGUCGAACUGUAGGCUCCGAGUGAGCAUCGUCCACUCAUAGAAAGGAAAUUAGAAUAGAAUUGGGCCAUUGUUAUAUUAUAAAACUAGAAUAGAAUUGUGCCAUUGCUAACAAAACUUGAUAGAAUAAAGAAUAGUUUGCUUCUGCUAUUUUGGUAUUAUCAAAAGUGUUAAAGAUUAUUUUAUAACAUCCUCACGGCAUAACAAUGUGUAUAAAAAUCUCGUGUCACGGUGUUUGUGGUCGCACUCCUCCGAAACGGCUCGACCGAUUUUUAUGAAAUUUUAUGGCGCCACGUUCGCCUCAUCGAACUUUCAUCCACGCAUGCGUCACGCACGCACGUUAUUUUGACAUUUCAUCAUGAAAUGUCAAUUUUGAUUUAUGAGCAAUAUAUACGUAUUUUAUGAUUGU